CUGUCGAGAUGCCCCGUAAUAUGCCUAUGUAGACAGCAAGCAAUACUAUCGUUUUAAUAUAACAUAAUGUAUUCCUUGAAACUUCAUAAUGCUAUAAAAAAUUCGUGUAGAUCCAAGAGCCUGCGAGGAUGUAAAUCUAAAUUGUCUGAUUUAAGUGCAAAGCCGGAUCCUAGGUCUAUAACAAAAGACUAUGUGGGUCCCCCGGAUAAGUUAUCUAAUAUACGCCCCUAUGUCAGACAUAUUCCCAAGAAUGAAACAGACUUGGAAAGGCGCCUAAGGCAAAUGCAGGAGCAGACCGAAAAAUGGAAUCAUGAUUUCUGGUCAAAUCACAAUAAGAACUUCUAUCAGUUUAUUGAGUUUUACCUAAAACGAAAAUGGAAAACUAAUCGGAAUGAACGGGAAGAGUUCGUCAAAACGCAUGGAGCUGCAACUAAUGGGGAAGUAACUGCAGAUGAGAUGAGUGAAUUCUACAAGGCAUUUUUGGAUAAGAACAAAGAAAACCAUUUUCGCUACAACUUUUCGUGGUAUUUAAAAAAUUUUGAAAUGCUAAAAUUAGCUUUUAGAGUUUCUGUUGUACGAGUAAUAAAACGAGUAAAAAUGAAAAUACUGAAAUAAAAUGUAAGUUGUUUGUUAAAUUUGUUUUAAACUGUUGUUCAUUGAAUAAAAUUAAGUAAUGUCAAUAAAAUAAAUAAUAAUUAUUAAUCAAAAUAUAAAUUUAAAAAAUAGUUCUUAAACUUUUAUUGAAAAACAAUUAUGUUUUUAAGAAUACAGAAAUAAAAUGAUUAAAUAAUACGCUUUUGCCAUUGGGUUAUUUGGUGUUACCAGGAGUGUAACACCACGCAUCUAAUUAAUAUUUUAAACUCUUAUAUGCACAAUAAUUAUAUAAAAAAAGUUUAAAGUUUGUCCAAAAAUUAA